ACCCAGAAGAUUCUGAACUGUCUUGAUCAACGAAUCCAUCUCUAGACAUCAAUGAAAUCAAUGCAGUCUCCGUGAACUGGCAUUAGCGGGUUUACCAGUCUCAUAGAUGUACAGUCAGAGGGGGGGCAUCUGAGUGUGCGGAAGAGAGCUGUACAGUAAACAAUUCUGGUACGCUUGCAGGGAUACACAGCAGAAUUGCAUGCUAGUGCAGACGUCGUAUGCCGCAUGUGCACGCCUGUCAGUGGAGCCUGGUUGCACACAACCGUACAAGCUGGACCAGGAGGAAAACAAGCUCGAGCGCUUAUUUGGGCUCUCCUCGAGGGCGCGUGAUUGCAUGAUGAGAUUGCAUGAUGAGAGAGAAGAGAACUCCUGCUGUCAUGAACGAAUGUAAAACAUACCACAUAUUUUAGGCAGACAAUUGGUGGAUAAAAAAAAGCAACUCGCCCAGCAAUGGAGAACCAGACGGCGAUGGAACAGCAGAGCUAUGAAGACGUGCGGAAAAGCGGUUAUCUCCGCAAACAGAAAUCUAUGCACCGGCGUUUUUUCGUUCUCCGAGCUGCCUCGGAGCAGGGCCCAGCCAGACUCGAAUAUUAUGAAAACGAAAAGAAAUUCCGAAGCAAGUCACCAGUCCCAAAGAAAGCAGUGACCCUGGACUCUUGCUUCAACAUCAACAAACGGGCAGAUUCAAAGAACAAGCAUAUGAUAGUGCUGUAUACCCGCGGGGAGAGCUUUGCCAUAGCCGCGGACACUGAGGAGGUCCAAAACGAAUGGUACCAGGCCAUGCUGGAUCUACAAUGUAAAUGUAAGACUCCCGAUGAGUGUGGCAGUGGAGGAGACUGUGGACUGCCUUCCCCUGGCCCUGCCUUUAAGGAGGUCUGGCAAGUUAAAGUCUGGCCUAAAGGUUUGGGCCAAGCCAGGAAUCUAGUGGGAAUCUACCGACUUUGCUUGACAGACAAAACAGUCAACUUUGUCAAACUCAACUCUGAUGUUGCAGCUGUGGUCCUGCAGUUGAUGAAUGUGCGACGCUGUGGCCACUCAGAGAACUUCUUUUUCAUUGAAGUGGGUCGUUCUUCCAUGACGGGUCCUGGAGAAUUCUGGAUGCAAGUAGAGGAUUCAGUGGUGGCGCAGAACAUGCAUGAGACCCUUCUUGAGGCUAUGAAGGCUCUGAGCGAAGAGUUUCGUCAAAGAAGCAAAUCCCAGACUGUUGGUGUAAGCUGUGGAGGAGGAACUGCCUCUAACCCUAUCAGUGUACCUUCUAGACGACACCACCCAAAUCUGCCACCAUCACAGGUUGGCUUUUCCAGACGGGCUAGAACUGAAACCCCUGGAGUCUCCAACAGCAAUACGUCUCCUACUCCACGGCACGGAUUCUCUAGGUCACGAACAGCAAGCAUUGGGGCACGUACAGAUGAUGGAGGGGGGAGAGCAACAGCACUCAGCACAAGUCCGAGUCUCAAUGGUUCUUCCUGCUCAACUACCCCAACCCUGAGGCCUAAACCUACACGAGCACCCACUCCAGCAAAGAUCACCCUCAGCCUAGCACGAUACACCCCUAACCCUGCACCUUCCCCAGCCCCCAGUCUCUCAUCCAGUUCGGGUCAUGGGUCAGAAUGUGGGUUGGGUGGAGCUGUCUUUGGAACAAUGCCCAUCUGCACUUAUGCUCGAAUUCCUCAGAGAGUGUCCAUGUCAGGAUCACCCAGUGAUUAUGGUUCAUCAGAUGAGUAUGGCUCCAGCCCCGGAGAGCACUCCCUGCUAGCUGCAGGAGUACCUGCUACUCUUGUUGAAGGUGGAGCCAGUUAUAUCCUGAUGGGUCACCGAGAAGGGUCUCACAAACGAGUUCAUGGACGCAGGAUUCUACGUCGUUCAUCUAGUCGCGAGUGUGAGGCUGAGCGCAGGCUGCUCAGCAAGCGUGCUUCCCUACCCCCCAUCUCUACCCAAGAGCGUUUGGUCCCACGCCGCAGGGAGGAAGAAGAAGAGGAUGAAGAAGACUAUGCAGUGAUGUCACGCAGUGCAAGUAGAGAGUCUUUCACAUCUCGCCGAGGCUCAGGGGGUUCAGCUACAACAUCAUUAGUGCAGGAAAACUCAGCAGAUAAAGGUGUCAGUACUAAAGGGGGGCCUGAAGACUCCUCAAUUGAUAGUGGAUACAUGUCUAUGCUACCAGGUGUUACGGCUCCUCCUGCUUCAUUGUCACUGUCAGUUACUGGUUCAGAUGUAGUGCCAAAGGGUGGAGAUGAAUACAUGGCAAUGACCCCCAACAGUAGUGUCUCACCCCCUCAGCACAUCCGCCUACCCAUCAAUGAGGGCUACGUGAUGAUGUCUCCUAACAGCAGCUGUUCACCAGACUUACAUGGCUUAAGUGGAAGCAUUUGGGGCAGCAGGGGCAGCAUGGAGAGUCGGGCAGGCAGCGACUACAUGAACAUGUCACCUAUAUGUGCCAGGUCAGCUUGCAGUACUCCUCCAUCACACCCAGAGCAGCAACCACUGCAGCCAAAGAUGGUUUAUUCUUAUUUUUCGCUGCCACGUUCAUACAAACACACUGCCCUCUCAACCCGUUUUGAGGAUAAUCUGGAGAGGGUUUGUAUGGGUAGAGGUGAAGCAGGAGGAAAAGUUGGGCAUAGUGGUUACCAUUGUGGAGGGGACACACCUGUGGGCUCAGGUGGUGGUGGACAACUCUCUCUGUCAUCAUCAUCUUUUUCCUCUAGUUCAGCUAGCAGUGAAAGCCUUGAGGAAAGGUCAUUGUCUGUUGGUGGAGUGGGAAGAGCAACUAGGUUGGGUGCAGGACACAGGGUAGGGGGGGCUCACCCCAAAGUUUCAGCCCAACACCAUCACCAGCAGAGAUGUGGGCCAGGUGUUCAGAAACAGGGUCAUUUACAGUCAAGGAAGUCAUCUACUUUUUUUGUGGAUGUGUCCAAAGCCAAUACGCUGCCGAGAGUCAGAGAGACUUUGCUCUCAACUGCAUCCCAGAGCCCUGGAGAGUAUGUGAGCAUUGUAUAUAAGGGUGAGCGAGGAGGACAUAAGAAGGGGAAGACUACAGCUGAGCCAGGGAACUCUAUGACACAAGGACAUCAAAGAGCCUUUCACCGGCCACAGACAUGUCAAGGUGGAUCUGCAAACCUUCCUCGGAGCUUCUCCGCACCCCUCUCCACCUCCAUCUCUUUAUCGUCUGAAUAUGUAAACAUGGACUUAGGUAACUCACCUUCUUCUCUCACUACCCUCUCUUCUUUUAAACCUGCCCCAAAGGUCAGAGAGGAGAUCAUCAGAGCUCCUCAAGUAGAACAAGAACCGGAAAUGGGACUCAGUAUGACAGGCUUGACAUCUACAGAUGUGGCUGCUGCUCCUUUUACAGACUAUACUGAGAUGAAAUUUGGAUUGGUUGCAGAUACAACAUCCAAGUCACCAAAAGCUGGCCAAACAGCUCUGCCAUCGUCCAUGGAGCAGGAGCAUAACAUGAAUUUCCCUUCACCCAAGGCUUUUUCAAACGUGGAUCAGGGUGCCCGUCUAGUCAGGGCGGAAUCAACAGCAAGAAGGCGGCAUCGCUCAGAGACAUUCAUCACUCCCCCAACUCACCCCCUCUCCCCCUCUGCUUCCCCUUGUUCUUUUUCUGAAACACUACCUGCUGGUCCAACACGACAGCAAGGAUUAGAGAGCAACCUUUGGUCUAAUAAUCAGCCACCCUCUCCACAGUGUGCCAGUUCUGGAGUAGCAAAUCUCCCUGCUGCUCAGGCAUCUUCCUUAACCCUGGAACAAGGCCUGAACUACAUUGAUUUGGACUUGGUCAGUAAGGAGAAUCAAACCAGUGUGGAUGGACACACUGGACCUCAUUCAUUUUUCUCUCCUGGAGUAGGAGGGUUAACUGGGGUAUUGGGUGGAGCAGGAGGAAAUCCUAGCUCCAGCAUCAACACAUAUGCCAGCAUUGAUUUCGUUAAAUCAGAUGAAUUGAGAGUUCAUCAGAGCAGCAGGAAGGACAGCAAAGAUUGUUAAAGUGCUCCUGCUUUCGGACCAGUCAGCACCUGUCCUUCCUGCGUGAGUGUGUUUGUCUGUGUGUGUGUGUGCACCUGAUGUGUCCUGAAAAAUGGUGCGAUUCUCCACAUCCCUCAGCAGUGGACAUGUAACUGCCCUUGCCUCAUAAAAACAUUUACUCUCAUUAGUUGCCAUUGGUUCCAUUGAAAAUUACAUUUGUGCCAAAAAACUAUCGUUCAUUUCCGUCAGACAUCACUGAGAUGGACAUGUCCUUCAGCCGCUUGUGAAGGGCCACUGCGACUCUGACUGCCAACCAGGAGCCGAUGGUAUUGCUUUUCUCCUCUACCACAUACUUUCAAUUAUUGUAAGAGAGAUGUUAAAUAGUAUAAUGAUAGAUCAAAAAUAUAUAGCAGACAUAAUAUUACUGAGAAUAUAUCUAUCUAUAUAUAAAUACAACUUUUUUUUUAGAAAAGUGCCUCAUUUUUGAUUGUAGCCAUUUUUACACAGGUCUCAAUGUGCUCUGUAAGAAAUGCUUUAGUUUUUUUGUUGUUGCUGUUAUUUUGUUUUGCUUUCCCAUUCCUUUGUGUUCGCUAUGCUGAACAAAGUCGAAAGACAGAAAGUCACAAGUAAUUGAAGUGAAGAAAAACUACUAGAUAGAUGGAAGAGCUUUAUUUGCCAUGGUUUAUAUAAACAGAUUGCCUUACUGUGCUGUAUUUGUGUAUGUGCUUGAAUGUGUGUUUGUGUGUGUGUGUGUGUGUGUGUGUUUGUGUGUAAUCAGUCGUCUAAGCCUCAGCCAUGUUGUGCCUCAGUACACUAAAAAAGAUCUGGACACACACACACAGCAAGAUCAAAACUGAUUGCAUAUACUAUACUGCUGUGUGAUUAAAACUUUAUUGACUCAACACAAAUAAACACUAAAACAACUUCAUAUUAUCCACUCUUUCUUCUAAUUAUCUGAGCAUAGUAGCAUCAGAUGGCUAUGAGCACAAAAUCAGAUGACUGAUAGGUGUCUGAUCAAUAUAAUGGAAACUGUGUGUGUGUGUGUGUGUGUGUGUGUGUGUGUGUGUGUGUGUGCGUGUGUGUGUGUGUGUGUGUGUGUGUGUCCAUAGCCUAUUGUCUUUAGUCACAUAACCAGGGUUGUGUUUUAAUGUAGUGCUUCCCAUCCCCAGGUUAUUUUGGUCACACACACUCACAUUCAGAUUUAAAACUGUGCCUCCCUCAAAUGCAGCUCUGUUAUCACAGACUCAGCUGCUAUAUGAAUUUAACACAUACACUUAGCCAAAUGCCGAUAUCCAAAUUUUCCAUCAGACUUGUUGAUGAUACUCUGACUGGUUUUUAAAGUCAACUUACUUUUACACACACACAUGCUUAACUUGCCCUAUAAUAGAGAAUGUGACCCAGUUUCCUCUGCUUUCGCUUAUUUUGUUCAGUAUUGCAAUUUACAAAUGAGAUUUACAAGGGAUCUUUUUGCCAUCUGGGCUAUGGGCUUUUUUGAAACGUAGCAUGUUGUUAUUUUUUAUUGAUUCAUAAUUUUUUUCUUUUCUUUUUUUCUAAACACCUGUUUUGACUUUUACGAUUCAUUUUGUUGGCUUCUGCAAUUUUCUAAUUAAUCUAGAUUUUGUUUUGUGUAGUGUAUGUAACUUGCAAAAACAAAAUGAUCCUGUUUUAGUGCCAAAUUCAUAGUAAAACAUGCUUUUUAAUACCAGAUUUUUAGUAACCAAUAUUUUCCUCGUUUGCCUGCACAAUCUGCGUGUUUUCUAUCACCUAUUUUGCCAAUGUAGUCUCAAUAUCUCACAUAGUACAACAGCUGCCUUCAGUUACCAGGAAUCAACAUGAAGCCUUAUAGUGCUUAUAUGAAUGCCUUUUCUAUCAUGUAAAAAUAAGAGUUUCCUUAGGUUAUGCAUAUUAUAUGGUUCAUUUAUAUGUAAAAAUGUGACAUUCAAUGCAGUGUUUCUAAGUGUUUAAUAGAGGUUACAUUUGCUUAAAGUAUUUAUACUCAUAAUUCUCAUCACUUAUACAGUGGUUGUUAGUGAUUACAGAUAACAUGCAUACCUCCCACCAAAACGUUCACAUCCUUCAUAAUCUUUACUAGGGAUUAAAUCUAACAGAACAACAACAGGUGGUGAAUAUAAUGUGGAGUGGGCUUAAUAAAGUCCCCUUCCGAGUUUUAACCUCUGUGUUUACUUCUCAUUCUGAGCCAGACAUAUGCCUUUUUAAUCCACCUCAUAGGUAGACCAUUACAAAAACAAAGACAGUCUUUGUCCAGUCCAACUGCAAUGUGUGUUUGGCUAUUCUCUUUUAUUUUCUAUAUUUUGAUUGCCUUAUUGUCUAUAUUAGCUAUUAUUUAACACACGGCAGCUGUAAAAGAUGCUUUUUAUUCUAGAACAGUGGAAAUUAUGUUUGAAGAUUCUGCAUUCUAGCAGUGGGAUUUUUCUUUCUCCAGAAUGACAAUUCUAUUGAGUCUGGUUUUGUGUAUAAAAUUGUAUGUCCCCAGACUUUCUUUCCAGAAAACAUUUACAUGGUAUUAACUGGUGUAGAAAUACAGCCAAGGUCAUAUAUACUGUAGGUAUGGACUAUCUAUGUAUAGUCCAGGAAAAAAAAGAUACUAAAAAAGAAAAAUAAUCCUUUAUUGUAUUUAAGUACCUGCAAUUGUUUGGGAAAAGGGUCUGACAUGCACAAUCAGGGGUCUGUGUAAAGUUGCAAAGUUGAUCUGUUCUUCUGUAUAUCUAAUUCUAUGAAACAUUAAAUUACAGUUGUGUAUAAAGGGGUUUCAUUAAGAGAGUGAAUAGGCUGUGGGCUACUGUACAGUUCUGUGAAUAAAAGGGAAAUACUGGGCUUGGGUGGGCAAUGGGAGACUGUAUGGUAUGGAUAUAGUAGAAAUGUUUGUUGAAUUCAGAAAUUCCUCAAUGAUUAUUGCCUGUGAUUAAGACAAUGUCACUCCAAUUUAAGAAAAAAAAAGAUGAAAAAAGAAUGAGAGAACCGAA